AUGGAGACGACUGACAUCUCCCCUGAUUUGGCCGUGCAGAAGGCAGAACCUGCUCUCAACUCGAUCCCGGAAAGUGUCUAUAAUCUUUCUCUGCGAGAUGUGAACCCCGUGGAUGUCCGUGUUAACGAGUUAUCUCUUGAGAUUGACACUUCUCCGCCGAUAUGGGAAACCUCCCCGAAACAAAUAUGGGCCCGCUUUCGAGGUAAGAAGAUCCUCGGAUCUUCGAAAGAAAUUCUAGAUCGCGUGAGUGCGGAUAUGCCGAAGGGGAGUCUGACUGCAAUCAUUGGAAGCAGUGGCUCCGGGAAGACCUCGCUGCUCAACCUGAUGGCUGGUCGCAUGUCACUAUCGCGGGCUCAAGUAUCCGGCACCACAACGUUCAAUAACGACACCAACAUCAACAGCGUCCGCAGCGCCUAUGUCAUGCAGCAGGAUGUUUUGAUUCCUACUUUGACAGUCUGUGAGACUCUGCAGUACUCGGCUGAUCUUCGGCUACCACCGCCAACCACCGCUGAAGAACGCCGGGCCAUUGUGGAGCAGGUCAUUCUUGAGUUAGGACUCAAGGAAUUGGUGGAGAGAAGCGACGCACGAGCAUUGGCGUGCAAUUACUGGCCAAUCCCCUCGGUCCUCUUUUGUGAUGAGCCCACGACCGGGUUGGAUGCGACAAGUGCUUUCCAGAUUAUUCGGACCCUGAAACGGCUUGCGCAAGAUGGCCGCACUGUGAUUGUCUCUAUCCACGCUCCCCGGUCUGAGAUUUGGAGCCUGUUCGACAAUGUCAUUCUGCUGGCUCGAGGUUCUGCACUUUACAGUGGUCCUGUGAGCGAAUCGUUGCCUCAUUUCGAGAAAUGUGGCUAUGUCAUGCCUCCAUUUGUCAAUCCAGCGGAGUUUUUGAUUGACCUGGCAGCGAUCGACAAUCGCACUGACGACUUGGAAGCCGCGUCUUAUGCUCGUGUUGAGAAUCUCCGUCAAAAGUGGCGCUCUCGAGUGCUACAAGAUACACCUGAUGAGAAGAAGACACUUGCGACGCCUGUGUCAGGAACGGAAACUGGAGCUAUGAAGACCGUGUCUUUUCGCCGACAGAUGCACGUCUUGACCUCUCGUACCUUCAUCACUACGAUUCGAGACCCCAUGGGUGUUGCAGGUAGCUUGCUCGAAGCUAUUGGAAUGGCAGUCAUCAACGGCUGGAUUUUCAUACAGCUAGAUCAAACUCAAUCGGGUAUUCGCUCACGAGAAGGCUCGCUCUACGUUGCCAGUGCGCUCAACGGCUACCUUGUGUUGCUUUAUGAGACUUACCGAUUGACCAUUGAUAUCCAGCUUUUCGACCGCGAACAUAACGAGGGAGUGGUCGGCGUUCCUGCAUUCCUUGCAAGUCGCCGAGUCGCUCGCCUUCCAUUGGAAGAUUUACCUGUGCCAAUCAUAUUUGCGGUCAUCUUUUAUUUCAUGGUGGGAUAUCGCCUGGAAGCGGCUCAAUUUUUCAUAUUCUUGGCUUUGACAGUACUCACACACUACGUGGCAGUGACGUUUGCUGCCUUGGCCAUCAGCAUCACUCGAGAUUUUCCAGGCGCCAGUCUCGUCGGAAACCUGUGUUUCACCUUGCAAUCAUUUGCAUGUGGCUACUUCGUCCAGGCGAAUCAGAUACCCGUCUAUGUAAAGUGGCUCAAGUGGUGCGCAUACACCUUCUACAUUUUCGGAGCACAGUGCGCGAACGAGUUUAUCGGCGUCCAUGGCUCCGAGAUAGGGCAAUUCUACGAUUGUCCGUAUUCCGACGACCCCAGAGAUCCAGCCUGUAAACAGUACACCGGCCGCUACAUCAUGGACAGUCUUGGUCUACCGUCGAACUGGAUAUGGCGGCCAAUUGUGGUCCUCGUCGCAUUCAUCAUGGGACACUAUCUUGCCGCGGGCCUCUUGCUUCAGUACAAUCGUUUCGCCAUCGACAUUGCCCAAGCACGAAAGACGGAGGGUGAUCCUUCCGCCGGGAAAGCCAAGAUUGCCCUUCGCCCUACCCAAGACACGCGACGCGUGGCGAUUUCACUGGACCAAUAUGCCCUGGAGCUUCGGAAGCGUAGCUUUGUCGGGCAAGAGCCCGAGAUCUUGCACAUCCUGCGACCCAUUACUGCCGAGUUCCGCCCGGGAGAGCUGAAUAUCAUAAUGGGCCCGUCUGGUAGCGGAAAGACCUCUCUGUUGAACUCCGUUGCACGCCGCUUGCAUGGUUCCAUACGCGAUAAAUAUCAUGUAACCGGCCAGAUGCUCUAUAACGGAGCAGUUCCUUCUAAGAAUGUCAUUCAGUCCGUCACUUCAUUUGUGACUCAGGAUGACGACGCACUCCUUUCCUCUUUGACCGUGCGCGAGAGCUUGCGAUUCGCAGCUGGCCUGCGACUCCCGAACUGGAUGUCGCGAGACGAGAAGAAUCGCCGUGCCGAAGAAAUCUUGUUUAAGAUGGGUCUGAAAGAGUGCGCCGAUAACCUCAUUGGCAAUGAUCUGAUCAAGGGCAUCAGCGGCGGCGAGAAGCGACGAGUCACUAUUGCUAUUCAAAUCCUCACAGACCCAAAGGUGCUCCUUCUUGACGAACCAACCUCGGGGUUAGAUGCUUUUACGGCUAUGUCGAUCAUAGAGGUGUUGCAGGGCCUUGCAGCUGAGGGUCGUACCUUGAUCAUGACCAUCCACCAAUCCCGCUCGGAUCUGUUCAAUCAUUUCUCUCAGGUUUUGCUUCUGGCUCGUGGUGGUUAUCCUGUCUAUGCCGGACCCGGCCAGCAGAUGCUUCCCCAUUUUGCUGGGUUGGGUCAUCCGUGUCCUGAGACCACUAACCCGGCCGACUUCGUGCUGGACUUGAUCACCGUGGACCUGCAGCAGGAAGAUCGAGAGGCACUCACCCGCGAGCGCGUCCAAAAGCUCAUCACGAAGUGGGCAGAUGCAUCCCCGCAACUCGAACGUACGGCUUCGAAGAUUGCGACGCCAGCCGAGUUGGGCAGUCUUCGGCGCCAGAUGCUGCCAUUCCAUGUCACAUUCCCGAUCGUGCUGCAGCGAUCCUUCAUCAAUUUCUGGCGCCAGCCACCCUUGGUGAUGGCCCGUUCUAUGCAGAUCUUGGGGAUUGGAAUUAUCAUGUCGCUUUUCUUUGCACCGCUCAAGAAUGAUUACCCGGCUGUCCAAUCCCGCAUGGGAUUCAUUCAGGAAUUUGCCGCCCUCUAUUUUGUCGGUAUGCUGCAAAACAUCGCUAUCUACCCCAACGAGCGCGAUGUCUUCUACCGUGAAGAAGGCGACAAUUGCUAUUCGGUGGAGACAUUUCUCCUUGCCUACACCGCAAUCGAAAUCCCAUUCGAAAUCGGCUCGGCCAUUGUAUUUGGCGUCCUUGCCGCCUUUGCCAACAACUUGAAGCGCACUGCGCAAAUGUUCUUGAUCAGCGCAUUCAACUGUUUCUGCAUUAUCAACUGCGGCGAGUCCAUCGGAAUCAUGUUCUGCACCAUCUUCUCCCACAUCGGAUUCGCCGUGAACGUGACCUCGACUCUUCUCUCCAUCUCCACCAUCCUGGGCGGUGUACUGAGCUUGAAUGUGAAUGACGUCUUGCAAGGGAUCAACCACCUCUCCCCAAUCAAGUGGUCCAUUGCCAACCUGGCUCCCUUUUCCAUGCAUGGCCAACAUUUCACCUGCACUGCCGCGGAGAUGUUGCCCGACGGGACCUGUCCCAUCAGUUCUGGCGAACAAGUGCUGGCACUCUACAACCUCGACAAGAACGGCCCUCUGAACAUCAUGGCGCUGGGCGUGUGUACCAUCAUCUAUCGCCUGGUCGCCUACGGGUUCUUGAAGGCCAUGCGAUCCAAUCAUCUGAUGGAGCGGUGGCUUGAAUGGCGACGUUCGCGGCCGGCAAAGUGA